AUGAAAUCAGAUAUACUAAAAUUAUUUCGAGCGGCUAUUGGUGCUGUUGAUCCAUAUAUAUGUGUUAAAAAUCAUCUUGCUUUUAAUAAUAACCAUUUAAAUGAUGAAAAAACCGGAUUAUAUAUUGAAGAUAAUUAUGUUGCACUCAACCAUAAUCUCUAUGUAGCAGCAUUUGGAAAAGCUGCUUUGGGCAUGUGUCGAGCUGUAAAUGAACUUUGCCAUGAACAUAUUAUUAAGGGUAUUGCUAGUGUACCUGUUGGUGCUAUUGAACAAGCAAAAAGGAAUGAUUUUGAUUUAUUCAUAUAUAUAUAUUGA